GAAGGCAGUCUGGACAGUGUUGUGCAGAAGGGGCUCGGCGCUAUUCUCGCAGAGGCUGCCAUAGCUGCUGCUGCUCUGAGUGAAAUGUACAUCAAACGUGAGUUGUUUUCCGAUUCACUGAGGAGCGCUACUGAAGAGGAGUGGUCAGGGACCGAGAUCUUCACGCACUUUUAGGCUUGCGCCGUCGCCGUGAACGCAGCGCCGCAGACCUCCGCACCGCCUCAAGUGCGUUCAAUCGCCGAAGUUGUGUCGAGCGGGCGAUGGUUCGCGUCUGAUCGUUGCUCAACUCUCCGGAGAGGACUGCGGACAGGGCGCUGCAUUGUGGCAACCGAGACGCAGACUCCUGCCCGAGGAUUGCACGAUCCGUCGCCCCCCACCCCCUCCAAAAAAUGUCAUCUCAGGGCAAAGUCAAGAAGGACAAAGAGAUUAUUGCCGAAUAUGAGACCCAAGUGAAAGAGAUCCGUAACCAGCUGGUGGAGCAGUUCCGUUGUCUGGAGCAGCAGUCCGAGUCUCGGCUGCAGCUGCUGCAGGACCUGCAGGAGUUCUUCCGUCGAAAGGCCGAGCUCCAGCUCGAGUACUCCAGAGGCCUGGACAAACUGGCCGAGCGCUACUCUGCCAAGAUCCGCACCUCCAGAGAGCACCAGCACUUCAAAAAGGACCAGAAUCUCGUGUCCACUGUGAACUGCUGGUAUUUGGUCUUGGACCAGACCAGGCGGGAGAGCAGAGACCACGCCACUCUCAGCGACAUCUACAACAACAACGUCAUUGUCCGUCUGGCACACGUGGGCGAGGAUGUCAUCAGACUUUUCAAAAAGAGCAAAGACAUCGGGGUGCAGAUGCACGAGGAGUUAGUGAAAGUCACCAAUGAGCUCUACACGGUGAUGAAGACGUACCACAUGUACCACACUGAGAGUCUCAGUGCCGAGAGCAAGCUGAAGGAGGCAGAGAAACAGGAAGAGAAGCACAUUGGGAAGGCCAAUGACAUUACUUCCAGCCUCCUGCGGUACGGUCAUGAUGAACGUCCACAGCGACGCAGCUCUGUGAAGAAGAUGGAAAAAAUGAAGGAGAAGAGACAAGCCAAGUACUCUGAAAACAAGCUGAAGUGCACAAAGGCCCGGAACGACUAUCUUCUCAAUCUGGCAGCUGCCAAUGCCCUAGUGGCCAAAUAUUACAUCCACGAUGUCUCAGACAUGAUAGAUUGUUGUGACUUGGGUUACCAUGCAAGCCUGGCACGCACCUUGAGAACCUACCUAUCUGCAGAGUAUAGCCUGGAGACUUCUCGCCAUGAGGGUCUGGACUUGCUGGAGGGAGCAGUAGAUGCCAUGGACAUCAGAGGAGACAAGCUGAAGUUUAUGGACACGCACAGUCAGAUCUUUUGUCCUCCAGCAUGCUUUGACUAUCAGCCCCACAUGGGAGAUGAGGUGUGUCAGGUGAGUGCACAGCAGCCUGUUCAGACAGAGCUCUUGAUGCGCCACCACCAGCUGCAGUCUCGCCUGGCCACGCUGAAGAUAGAAAAUGAAGAGGUGAGGAAGACUCUUGACGCCACCAUGCAGACCCUUCAGGACAUGCUUACCGUGGAGGACUUUGAUGUGUCAGAGGCCUUCCAGCACAGCCAAUCCACAGAGUCGGUCAAGUCGGCUUCCUCUGACUCCUACAUGAGCAAGGCAAACAUCACUAAGAGACGAGCCAAUCAGCAGGAGACCGAGGGCUUCUACUUCACCAAAUACAAGGAGUACUUGAAUGGCAGCAAUCUCAUUGUCAAACUGCAGGCCAAGCAUGACCUUUUGAAGCAGACACUAGGAGAAGGGGAGAGGGCUGAAUAUGGAACAACAAGGCCCCCCACUCUUCCCCCUAAACCCCAGAGAAUGCGGAAGUCUAGACCUCGCUCCAUUUUUAACCGUAAGCUGUUUAACGGCAAUAUGGAGGCCUUCAUUCAGGACUCGGGGCAGCCGAUACCGGUGGUGGUUGAGAGCUGCGUUCGAUACAUCAAUCUGUACGGUCUCCAGCAGCAAGGUAUAUUUCGAGUUCCAGGCUCGCAGGUCGAAGUCAACGAUAUUAAGAAUGCAUUUGAAAGAGGAGAGGAUCCACUGGUGGAUGAUCAGACCGAUCAUGACAUCAACUCUGUGGCAGGCGUCCUUAAGCUCUACUUCAGGGGGCUGGAAAAUCCGCUGUUCCCUAAGGAACGUUUCCUCGACCUCAUAUCUACAACCAAGCUUGACUCAGGUGCAGAAAGAGCUCAUCACCUUCAGCAGAUAAUUGUGACUCUUCAGCGGCCUGUGAUCAUCGUCAUGAGAUACUUGUUUGCAUUUCUAAAUCAUCUUUCACAGUACAGCGAUGAGAACAUGAUGGACCCCUACAACCUGGCUAUUUGCUUUGGCCCCACAUUGAUGCCAAUACCAGACGAGCAGGACCCUGUGGCCUGCCAGGCGCAUGUUAACGAGGUCAUUAAGACCGUUAUCAUCCACCAUGAGGCCAUCUUCCCGACCCAGCGUGAGUUGGAGGGACCCGUGUACGAGAAGUGCAUGGCUGGUGGGGAAGACUACUGUGAAAGCCCCCACAGUGAGCCAGGAGCUCUUGAUGAGGUAGACAACGGUACCGGACCCAACACUAGUGAUGAAGAGUUGGAGCAGAUUGAGGCCAUAGCGAAGUUCGACUAUGUGGGUCGAAGUCCGAGAGAGCUUUCCUUCAAGAAGGGAGCCUCUCUGUUACUCUACCUGCGAGCCUCUGAGGACUGGUGGGAGGGCCGACAUAACGGCGUGGAUGGGCUGAUUCCACAUCAGUACAUUGUGGUACAGGACAUGGAUGAUGCAUUCUCAGAUAACAGGACUGAAAGUGCAGCCAGCAGUGGACCACACCACGACGAAAGAGCCUCGUCCAGGAAUGACCGCCAGUCUCCUUGCGAGCACACACCUGAGCACCGCUUUGGAGCAGCAUUGGGACGGGUCAGGGUGCGAUCAGAUGGAGCCGUAGUUCCACGCCACAGGAACGGCGCUGACAGUCACAGCCCCAGCCGAGCUGCAGACCAGCCCCCUAGGGUUAUGCCUCGGCCCUGCAGCCCUCACAAAGUAGCUGUUAGCAGGGGUCCAGCAGACAGUCCAGAGAAACGCCGUCUCACCACUUUUGGCAGCGCCGGCUGUAUCAGCCACCCGGACAGAAAGGCCUUUGUCGACAGCCACUCUCAACGAUCUUCACCCAGCACCACCCGACACGCAAGCUUAGGAGACCACAAAGCCCUCGAGGCUGAAGCACUCGCUGAGGACAUAGAGAAAACCAUGAAUACGGCUCUCCAUGAGUUGCGUGAGCUGGAGCGACAGAAUGUAGCCAAACAUGCACCUGAUGUUGUUUUGGACACACUGGAGCCCCUCAAGCACCCCGGUGGAGCCCAGGAUCUGCCUGGCAGCCCUCUCCACACCAUGGUGAUCAGGGAUCCAGACGCAGCACAGCGACGCACCAGCAGCAGCUCCUCCUCCGAGACCAUGACCACUUUUAAACCUGCUCUGUCGGCGCGUCGGCCAAGCGCACCUCUAAGGCCCCCGCCUGUCAGACCCGUCCGGCCUGCUCCUGUGAUUGGACAGGGACCGCACCGCUCCAGCAGCUCUAGUUCCUCUGGUCUUGGCAGCCCGGGCAUCACGCCCACUGACAGGGUCUUUCCCAAACCUCCGUCGCCAUCACCAUCCACCUCCUCCUCAUCCUCAGACAAACAAGGUAACAUGUAGCUCCAGUCAGUCACAAGCCAAGUGGUUGAAGAACAUUGUGGAUACCGAGUGAUUGUGAUUGGCAUCGCAUUGACACCCGGUCUGUGUGAUGAAUAUUUACCACUAAUCUUGUACAGUGUAGGACGGCCACUGCUGGUUUUUGACAACUGUGUGCCCACACAUUGACUUGUUGGCCAAGUUAAUGUACUGUAUUACAAUAUUACACAGACAUAGAAUUUAAAUGAUCAUAGAAUGCUACCAUGCUGAAUAGCCAUGCUGGAUGAAAAAGGGAUGCACUGGAAAAUACUUGUGUUUACUGAAAUCUGACAAUGAAACAUCUCAUGUUAGCAGGUUACAAAAAUGCUGUGAGCUUGGACUUUGUAUCUGGUUUCAUGUUGCAUUAUGAGGGAACACUUAAUGGACGAUUUCACCACUGGUUAUGUCGACAUCCAGUCUGUGCUGGUGGUCUGUGUAGUCUUUUAAAACUAUGAAUCCUUGGCAACAUUUAUAUUGACAGAAAUUUCCUUAGAGAGCCUUUCCCAAAGUGCCAGCACAUGCCAGCAAGCAUCAGGUUUCCAGCGACAGGCAGACACCAUGGCUGUGUCUGAAAUCACUCUCUAUUUAUUGUGCAGUGCACUAAAAUAACUGUUCGCCAUUUUGCUUGAGUGUCUGAAUUGAGGGUGGGAAACUCCCAACAAUAGAAUGAAAAAAUUAGUUUGCAUGGCAUGUAAGCUCUUUUCUUCCAGCAGUCCCGCAAUGCAAUGCAUUUUCUAAAUGGAGAAAAUGACAGUUGUGUGACGUUACGCCUGUUAGCGAUAAUGCAAAAUGAUGCUCGUUCAUAUGUGCUGGAAAUCUCAAUUUUUAUUGUUCACUGUAGAGCAGGAGAUUCCCAGACUUUUUCUCUUGGAGAGCCAAAACUGAAAUUUAAUGGUGUACCACAAGCCAAAAGAAAAACAACAAAAAAACAGCCUGCUAUAGAGUAAACUCUCAAGUGUCUGUUAAAUGGGGAGGUGUGUGUAUGUGAACGAGGGAGUGAUUUCAGACGCAGCUCAUGGUUGAGUGGUUAAACCAGGGAAGAAUUGCAUUAAGUUGCAGUUCUUCUAGUGGCCACUAGAUGCUGUUUCUAAGACAAACGCAUGUGUAUUGAGCCACUAUUUUGGAAAACUCAAAUUUCGGCACCGCCUAGAUACUGCAGAAAGCAGCUCUUGCUACACCGCCACGUUGACUAAUUUGUAUACAAAAAAAACUUAUUGAAAAAAAAAAAUCCUACACAUAAUUGCUUUAAACUCACUGGAAUUACCCUCCAGUAUCUCUCAUGAAAUGCUCAAUGAACUUUUUUCCACUGGAAGAAGAGUAAGGCGUUCCAAAGAAACGCUCCAGGAAACAGGAAAGAAGAGAACGAAACUUAUCUCAGCCAUCUAAGCCAAAACGAUCUAUUUCUCAUUCAUUCAUGACCAGGACGACCAGGCUGCGGAGCUACAGUUACACACAGAACGUUACAGACAUGCCACCUCAGUCCCUAAUACAAGGAAAUAAAGAUGAAAAUCAGUAAUAUGUUCUUAUAAUAUAGUCAUCUCUCUAUAUAAAAAGAUUAGCUGUGUUACCUCAAUAAACAAGUAAAACGUUCUCCUACAAUUCAAGUGACUAAUGCACUUCUGAACACUACAGGGAACUGUGCCGCAUUUGUAGGUUCUGUGUUUUCAUUUUGAUGAAGUUGUACUAGAAACAUGAUAUAGCACAUCAGUAUCAUUGAAGCUUGCAUAAUGUCUAGAUUGCACACGGUCAGUUCAGGCUGUGUGGGUGUUUAGAUGAACUUGUUUACUGUCGCUGGUGUUUGUCGUCUGUCUUAUAAGGAUGAUCAAUAUAUCUUCAAAGUGUAAUAGGUACAUUGGAUUGAAUAUAUACAUACUGUUAAAGGAUACUUGUAUAAAUAACAUUGUAUGAUAGGAACAGGAUAUAUUAUCAUGUCUAGUCUGUAGAUUUUUGUAACUCUUAUCCUUGCACAAACAUUAACAAAACAAUAAAUCAAUGAAACCUC